UUCACAUCCUCAAAUUUGUCUCCUUAGGCCGCUGCUACGAUUCAACUCCAUACAUUCUCCUCUCUCUCCCUCACUUUCUCUUCUCAUUUUCACCAAAACCAAGAACAAAAGUCUUCACUCAUAUUAAUUAAUGUCUACCACCUUGCACCAUUUAGAUGAAGGUGUGUCUGUGGAGGACAACUACUAUGGCAGAAGCAGCAGCGUGAGUGAGAUAGAGGAAGAGAAUUCUUCACACUUGCACUUGAAUAAUGAUGCUUCUAAUCCUAUGGUUACCAUUAGUGAAGAAGAGAACCAAGGGGAAGAAGACAUGAUUUAUGUGGCAGUUGGUAAGAGCCAGAGUAGCAUGGAAGCCUUGUCAUGGACCCUUAACAAUUUGGCCACUCCAUCUACCACCAUGCUCUAUCUCAUACAUGUUUUCCCAGAGAUCAAGCUCCUUCCAAAUCCAUUGGGAGUGGGAAUGAUUCCAAAGGACCAAGUGAGUCCUGAGCAAGUAGAGAGCUACAUGGCCCAAGAAAGAGGCAAAAGGAGAGAGCUUCUAUACAAAUACCUCCAACUAUGCUCUGCUUCCAAGCAGGUUAAGGUGGACACCAUCCUGAUUGAGAGUGACUUGAUUGCAAAGGCUAUAAUGGAUCUCAUUCCAAUUCUUCAAAUAAGAAAACUAGUUAUUGGAGCCAGUAAAUCACAAUUAAGAAAAUUGAGAUCAAGGAAAGGGAGUAGCAUAGCUGAUCAGAUACUUCAGAAUGCUCCAGAAAGUUGCAAGGUGAGCAUUGUAUGUGAAGGAAAGGAAGUAAAUGAACAGAUAACUCGUGUCAUUGCUAAUGAUACUUCCAUGUCCCAGAAAAACAAGCAUCAGCAAAAUGGUUCGGUUUCUUGUGUUUGUUUUAACUUUUAAGACCAAAAACUUUGCAUAACCAUUGUGUGUGAGUGUGGUGUGACUAUGAAUUACAGCAGAGGGAAUAGUUCCCUCAAUGAAUGUUGGUUUUAGAUUUUGAAAAACCAACAGUGUUGAUGAUGAAAAAUGAAGUGUUCAAUGCCAGAGGAAAGUUUUCAUACAUGACCGGUUUCGGUUUAUA